AUGAAUCGGCGUACACUGGAGGGGCGUGAGCAGGUUCUUGGACCAGACCACCCAAGCACUCUAACAAGUGUCGACAACCUGGCUCUUGUGCUACAAUCCCAAGGAAAGUACACUGAAUCCGAGGCGAAGCACCGGCGUGCACUCGAGGGGUAUGAGAAGAUUCUUGGACCAGACCACCCAGACACCUUGAUAAGUGUUAGCAAUCUCGCCAGUGUACUUCAAAGCCAAGGGAAGUACAAGGAAUCAGAGACAAUGCAUCGGCAUGCACUAGAGCAGCGCAAGAACAUUCUUGGACCAGACCAUCCC